CAAUCACCAAGCUCGCAAGCUCAAGAGGAGGAGAACUUUCUUCUCACGAGCGAAGAGAUUAAAGAAUGGGAAUUAAAAAUGAUGGCCAACGACUACAACGUGAAUAACAUCCUGGAAUUCAGCCGUGAAGCCAAAGAGAAAAGGCAGCAGAUCGCGAAAGCCAUGGAGGACUACAGGAGAUACGUGGAUAAGCUUAAAGCGGCAUACUCAUAUCUUGUUGCCGAAAGGACAACGACUGAUACGAUGCUGGAGCUAAUAAAAACAGCACAACCGAGAGAAAAAUCAGACGAGGAGGAAUUACGGCAGGAGCGGAGGAUCACAGCAGUCAUCCAGGCGGAGAUCACGAAAGCGCUAAGCGAGCAGACUACAAUUGAAACGAUCAGACAAGCGGUACGGGUAGAGUUAGCAGGCAACAGAGAAAUAAUGGAAGGAAGAAGGGGCCAAGACGGAGGAGUGAUGGAACAGGAAGCAGAUGAAGGUGAGGGGGGCACAUUCGCCGAGGUAGUGAGAAGGGGUCGUAAAGCAUCUGGACGCAGUGCCACUGUCAAGAUACACGGGGGCCCACCAAUCCCGAUAACCAAGGGGCAGGAGAUCACGAUAGGACCGGCCACGGGACAUCAGGCCAGGUACAAGAGUGCUGACGAAGUGAAGCAGAAGGUGAUGAGCGUGGUGAACCCAUCGGCGUAUGGGAUGAAGGUGGACAAGAUGAUCAGAACCCGCGAAAACUCCGUAAAGAUUGCAGCGAAAGGCACUGACGUAGGAAAACUUACAUCUGCCCCUGAACUAGCAGAGGCGGGACUGGAGGUAAGGCUAGUCCAAAAACGUAAACCGAGAUUGAUCAUCUACGGUGUUCCGAGUGGGUGCGAUGCGGGUAAGAUCCCUGAACAGCUUAUGCAGCACAAUAGGAUCGAAAUAAACGUGGAGGAGAUCAAAGUAGUAUACGCUUACAAGCCGAGACCAGGAAGCAGAACAACAAGUGUGGUCAUUGAAGUCACGCCUCACGCAAGGAAGCAGAUACUAGAACUCAAGGAAUUAUAUGUCGAUUGGGUGAGGUGUCGCGUGGAAGACCACAUCAGGAUCAUGCAGUGCUUCAAGUGCCAGCAAUUUGGCCAUAUGGCAAAAGACUGCCGGCAGGCGGACGAUGUAUGUGGGAAGUGCGCGGGGAAACACGAGACCAGGCAAUGCCAGAUGGAAGAUGGUACGGCCAAAUGCGCAAACUGCUGUCGGGAGAAAAUGAAUGCUACGGACCAUUGGGCCACAAAUGCGAACAUAUGCCCAGCAUAUAGAAGGAGAAUCAUGGACAGAGUCAGGAACACGGACUACGGUGCACCGCAUACUCAUGAGCGAGCAUAGUAACGCGCAUGCGAUAAGUGGGGAUGGGUGUGACGACCCGCCGGGACCUGACAGGGUUCCCCACUUAUCUACCCUACUCUCACCCGGCCGCGGACAACACUCACGCGAUAGUGAAGCAACACGUCACAA